AUGCCUUACUUUGCUCAGAGGCUUUACAAUACUUGCAAGACCUCAUUCUCUUCAGACGGACCAAUCUCAGAGGACAGUCUUGACAAAGUUCGCAAUGUCUUGGAGAAAAUCAAGCCAUCUGAUGUUGGAAUCGAGCAGGAAGCUCAAUUAGCACGAACCAGGUCUGGUGGUUCUCUCAAUGGAAAUCAGCAGUCGCCUCCAGAAAUAAAGUAUUAUCAUUUGCAUGAGUGUGGCAGUUUCUCUAUUGGAAUUUUCUGUAUGCCACCUUCCUCUAUGAUACCACUACAUAACCAUCCAGGAAUGACUGUGGUAAGCAAGCUCAUAUAUGGUUCAAUGCAUGUGAAGUCAUAUGACUGGAUAGAGCCUUACCCGACCGAACCAGAAGAUCCAUCCCAAGCAAGACCCGCUAAACUGGUCAAGGAUACUGAGAUGACGGCUCCAAGCCAAGCUACCACGCUAUAUCCGAAGAGCGGUGGCAACAUUCACUGUUUUAAAGCCAUCACCCAUUGUGCUAUUAUUGAUAUCUUAGCUCCACCUUACUCUUCAGACCAUGAUCGACAUUGUACUUACUUCCGGAAAUCCAGAAGAGAAGACUUACCCGGUGAAGUAGAAGUGGAGGGUGAAGUGGUAUCAGACGUGACCUGGCUGGAGGAAUAUCAACCGCCUGAUGAUUUUGUCAUACGACGAGUUCAGUACAGGGGUCCUGUUAUUAGAAGUUGA